AUCCAGUGUGUGCUGGAACCUGUAGCUGCUGACGGGACGCCUGCUUGUCCGGCAUAACCCUCCAUCCUGCCUGCCAGAUUUCUACCUAGCUGAUGGACCCUUAUAACUCUAAAAUGUCUCACUACCAUUUCAUCAAAUGCUGCUGUUUCCAGUUAUGUAACGCCUUUCGACAGAACAUGGAGAUCGACCAGUGUCUGCUGGAGUCUCUGCCCAUCGCCCAGCGCCAGCGGGUGGUCAAAAGGAUGCGCUGUGACCAAAUAAGGGCGUACUACGAGCGGGAGAAGAACCUCCAGCAGAGGCAGCAAGGUGGAGUCAAGGCGCGAGGCCUCCCGCCGGGCCACCGCAAGAAGCAGCAAGUCCGCUUCAGCCUCGCCGACAUCCUACAGGACGCCAUUUUCCGCCACGAUGACAAAGAAGUUCUGCGUCUGCUGAAGGAGGGAACUGACCCCAAUACUCCCAUUUCCUCUGGGGGGUCGUUGCUACACUUGUGCGCUCGCCACGACAACGUGCUGGCGGCGGAGUUGCUGAUGGAGCGAGGCCUGAACGUCAACCUGCAGGACGAAGACCUGUGGACGGCGCUGCAUGUAGCAUGUGCGUGUGACCACGCCGACGUGGUGCUGCUUUUGCUUCUGGCUGGGGUGAACGUUCUGCUGCAGGAUGUCGACGGAAAUGUUCCUCUGGACUACGCGUCCGAGGGAACGGAGAGCCGCUAUAUUCUGCAAAAACACCUGGAGGAAAACGGUGUGGAUGUGUCUUUGAUGCAUAGCAUGCGGACCCAGAGACCCAACACGAUGCUAUCUGACAUUCGGCAGCUUGUAGCCGCAGGGGCAGACCUCAAUCAGCCCAAUGACGACGGCGUCACCUUGCUUCACAUCGCGUGCGCCAGCGGCUAUCGGGACGCGGCGGCUGUGCUGUUAGACAACGGGGCCGAUCCUCAUCCCGUAGCCCACAACUUUUGGACACCUCUCCACCUGGCUGCUAAAUAUGGACAGACGAGCAUCGUUAGUCAACUCCUGAGGCAUGGCGCCAACCCCACACUGUGGAACUGCAACCAAGACAAGCCCUCAGACAUUGCCGCAUCAGAGCACAUAGCGGACUUGCUCCUGAAUGGAGAGGCGAGCUGGCUGCAGAAGCUGAAGGACCCCUGCGCCCCUCUGCUCUCCACGUCCCAACGCUAUGACGGCGGAGCACACGACCUCAACACCCCUGUCAAAAACCUGAACCCUCUGGGCCUCCCCAUGGCUAAACGGGACAGCCUCCUAGAGAAGUGGGCCAUGUUCCGAGAGGCGGGUGGGACGCCCAGCCGGCGGCCUUCACUGGAAAACAUCCUGGAUGGCCCUUUUGUCUCAGGAACAACCAAAUUGGAACAGGUGAAGCUGAUGCCUCCGGCGCCCAACGACGACCUGGCGUCCCUCAGCGAGCUGACCGACAGCAGUUUGCUCUAUGAAAUGCAGAAGCGUUUUGGCAACAACCAAAUAUAUACUUACAUCGGACACAUUCUUUUGCUGGUCAACCCAAACAAAGCGCUGCCCAUCUACUCCACUUUGGUGAGCCAGUUGUACCUGAGCUCCACAGGCCGCCUGUGCUCCUCUUUGCCCCCUCACAUCUUCUCCUCGGCAGAGAGAGCGUACCACAUGAUGCUGCAGGAGAGACGACCCCAAUGUUUCAUCCUGAGUGGCGAAAGUGGUUCAGGGAAAACGGAGGCCUGUAAGCACAUCGUACGACACCUGACAGUCAGAUCCGGCCCCAAAGGCUUCGCACUGGAAUCCAGAAUGAGCCACGUGAAUUGUAUUCUGGAGGCUUUUGGGCACGCAAAGACGGAGAAGAAUAGCAACUCCAGCCGCUUUAUCAAGCUGUUGACCAUCCAGUGCUGUGAGAAGAGGACGACGCUGCUCAGAGCGCGUGUGUACACGUACAUGCUGGAGAAGUCUCGUGUGGUCCAGUGUCCUCUUCAGCAACACAGCUUCAACAUCUUCUACCUGAUGGCUGAGGGUCUGUCCCCUGAGGAGAAGAGUGCACUUUACCUCAAUAACCUCUUGGCUCAUAGGUAUCUUAACGGGGGACUUCCGGGGGGGAUCCCUCUUGCGGCCGCUGCGUCUACGGAGAGCAGGGAGCGUCUCGCCGCUGUUAAGCAAGCCUUUCAAGCUGUGGGCUUCAGCAAGCAGGACGUGGAUUCCGUAUUCACGCUGCUCGCCGCCGUGCUCCAUAUUGGGGAUCUGCGUUUCACUGCGCUGACGGACGCUGAUGGCGCCUUCCCUUCUGACCUGCAGCUGCUUGAGAGAGUGGCUGGAAUGCUGCAGGUGUGUUGGAGUGACUUAAGCAGCGCCCUCACCUCCGAUAUUCAGUACUUCAAAGGUGAUGUGAUCACCCGACGUCACACGGUGGAGAUGGCCCAGCAGUACAGGGACCAACUGGCCAAAGCUAUCUACGGACGACUCUUUAGCUACCUGGUCAACUGCAUCAAUGACUACCUGCAAGGACACGACGACAGCGUCGGUGACCCUGCCUUAGAAAUUGCAAUCCUGGACAUCUUUGGUUUUGAAGAAUUUCAGAGGAACGGCUAUGAACAGCUGUGUGUCAACAUGACCAACGAGCGACUGAGGCGCUAUGUCUCCGAGGUGCUAUUCCAGGAGGAGCAGGCUGAGUGUCUGCAGGAGGGCAUCGCCAUGGAGACCCCGCCGUCCCCCAGCAACCAUCCAUCUGCUCUGGACUUCUUUCUCCAGAAUCCUCAAGGACUGCUCAGUGUGUUGGAUGAGGAGAGUCAAAGUCUCCGGCCGACGGAGCAGAACCUGUACAAGAGGCUGUCCGCCCAGCUCGGGUCCAACCCGACGCACGGCCUCUCCUUCACCACCAAGGAUGGCAACGGAAACCCCCCACCCAAGGAUCAAGGCCCCACCUUUACUAUCCGCCACUAUACCGGACAGAUUGCGUAUGACCUCACAGGAUCGCUCAUAAAAAACAAGGACUCCCUUCCUCAAAACAUCUUGUUUACGAUGAAGUCCAGCGAGAGCGUGUUGCUACGGCAGCUCUUCCUGCUCAAGUUGACUCAGACCGGUUCUCUGGUACCAGCAGCCCAGGGUCGGUUCGGGCUCAGGGGGUCCAAAGCUGCUCUGCUGCUCAGCCGGACGCAACCGGGCGACAUGGCCGGCACGCCCCCCCAAGCGCACCGGGGGUACCGUGACCUCACCAAGAUCUUAAAGAAGAAAGGCUCCAGCUCCUUCGUCCAACGACUAGAGCGCUGCGGGCCCAUCACAGUGGCGGUCCAGCUGAGGAACUCGCUGUCAGAGGUGAUCAGCAAGCUGCGGGCUUCCACGGCCCACUUUGUGGAAUGCGUUCGGCCCAACGGCAGCGGUCGGCCCGACGCCUUCGACAGCUCCCGCGUGUCCGCCCAGCUGCGACAUUUCGGCGUGCUCGACAUGGUGCGCACCAUCCGUUAUGGCUACCCCGUGCGCCUGUCCUUUCCCGGCUUUCUCAGCAGAUACAAAGACCUCGUUGUGCCGACGCUGGGCGACGAGAAGAAAUUGUCGGCUGAGGAGAAGUGUCGCCGUGUGCUGCAGCAGACCAAACUGCAGGGAUGGCAGGUGGGCAGCAGUAAAGUGUUUCUCAAGUACUGGCAGGCGGACCAGCUCAACGACCGCUGCUACCAACUGCAUAAAAAGAUCAUCACCUGCCAGAAAGUGGUACGCGGCUGGCUGGUCCGACGGCGCGUCCGGCGCCGGCUGCCGCCGCGGAACAGGGACGACGGCUGCGUGCAGCGCUUCCUGCAGGGGGCGGAGGACAUGGGGCUCCGCGCCUACGACCGGCUGGUCAUCCAGAACGCGUCGGACAUCGCGCGCGAGAGCGACCGCCUGCGCCGCCACGGCAACAACGGCCUCAUCCUGGCCGCCGCCCUCGGCGGCAGCCCGCCGCUCGGGGAGAGGCCCGAUCCGGUCGGCAAGGAGGAGGAGCAAUCGGUUAAAAAGGUUAUGGAAAAAGUCGGAAAAGUCCACGACGGUGCUGUGGACGGGGCAAGUCGAGUCAUUCGCCACUUUCGAUCCAGCUCGGUGCCCGUCCCCCUGGCCACGGAGAACGCGUCCCACUGGGCCACCGGCCCGGCCGUCAAGCCAGCGCUGCAGCAAGCCACUCUCGGCAGCGUGGACAAUAGCGGCGGUUGUGCAUCUUCCUCGCCUCGUAAGCAACCACCCCCAAAACCGAAGAGGGACCCCAACACUCGCCUGAGUGCGUCGUACGAGGUGGUUAGUGCCGGCUUGGUGAUGGCGGUCAAAGAGAGCCCCACUCUGGAAGGUUAUGCUUCGCCAGCUGGGAGUCCCCCCAAAUCCCAGCUGUCCCCGACAGACCCUGCAGGGUCAAAGCCCCGUCCCCACAGCGAUGACUACACAACCAUGAGGAAGGUGCCCCCGCCCAAGCCCAAGCGCAGUCCCAACACCAAGCUCACGGGCUCCUACGAGGAGAUCAACGCCGUAGCGCCCCUCCUACACCAGCUGCGCCCCGCGGAUGUCAAGAUGGCGUUGCUGACACGCGCCGGCGCCGUGAUGCAGAAAGCGGCGUCGCUGGACGCUCCGCCGGGCUUAGCGCUGAGUCUCUACCAGGGCCGGGACGAAGAGGACAUCUACAUCGAGAUGCUGGGCUGUCAGUCCCGUGCUCGGAGCCUCCAGGAACAACCCGACAGCUCCGAGGAGGCGGAGUCAGAGGCUGUCUACGAGGAGAUGUCCUUCUUCCCUCCUGAUGACACCGCACUUCCGCCCGCCGCCACUACCAAACCAACCAAGCUGGAGGCUCCCAGCUUGGGCCUGGUGACAUCCAGCAUGUGUCGCCCUCAGACUGAGGAGAGUAAGCGGCUGACGUCGGGGGUGACGGCAGCGUUGGACAUCGCUCAACCACACAACGCGGCAAUCGGUGGCGGUAGCAGGGCUCAGCAAGGAAAAGAUGGCAGCUGCGACAUUCCGGCCCCCUUUCCCAACUUGCUUCCUCAUCGACCACCUCUCCUGGUGUUCCCGCCGUCCCCCGUCACCUGCUCCCCCGCUUCAGACGAGUCCCCCCUCACUCCUCUAGAGGUCAAGAAGCUGCCGGUGUUUGAAAGCAAUCUCAACUACUCGGCCGGUCCAGACAGCCCGCUGUCGCCUCAAUAUGUGCGCCAGAGGGCCGACUCCUCCCCGAGCCUCACCGUCCUCAUGCCGGAGAAGAAGGGUACCCCUCCUCUAACGCCGCCGCUUCCUCUUUCUACCACGAGUGUCCCGCCUCCUCCAUAUAGACCACCUUCCCACUUCCCCUUCCCACCUGAGGCCAGCUUACUUGCGCUGACGCGAACCGCUUCGGUCACCGGGACGCAGUCAGACUCCUCCAAGGCUCUGACGUCACAAAGACCAAGUGUGGAGCCACUGGGGAAGCCGCCCCCUUACUCCCCAGGAAAGAUGUCCCGCCCGGAACCUCGAAGAGCUCACUCCUGCUCCUCCUCGCCCCUGUUGUUCAACCCGGCCAAUGGAAGACCCCUCACCAGUCCCCUGGAGGAGCUCAACACCUUGUUCAGCACCGGACGCAGUCUGCUGAGGAAGUCCUCAACGGGGCGCAAGAUGCGAGACGGAGGUUUUAACUCCAAUAUCAAUUUACCUGGCCGGGAAGAGUGUGGCUCCGCCCCGUCCUCGCCUUCACUGCAGCUUCAAGACAAGAACGCCAACAAUCAUUCUGUUCACUCAUCAAGCCACGCCCCUAUUGAGAACGGCAACCAGAUCUCCAAUGGUUCACUGGAGGACCAGAGUCACGUUAAGUCAAACAUGUCCACAUCCUCUCUGCACAGGCACAUGGAUAGCCACCAUACGCAGGCGUUCCAGAGGCUGCGUUUUUCCAACGGGGAUGCGGGCACCACGCUGCGGGAGCUGCUGCGAUGGCGGCAGGCGCAGUGUGAGGGACGGGGCGGCUGGAAACACCGUCCGCCGCCUCAGUCGCCGCCCACGCUGCUCCGGUCCGGCAGGAAGACUUCGCCGUGACCCGUGAUUCGAGAACACCCGAUCGAGUCGAGCGAAGGACGCACGCCCCCGACCGACCCUGCCGUUUACGAAGCACUUUGCGACUCUAAAGAAAAUGCGUGGAAAGCAGACAGCAUCAAGAUUCCCAGGGACAACAUGUACAGUCAUAUCUAUUUUAAGGCGGCGGCAUGGCAGGUGUUAAGAGGACAAAGUCCAAGGUUGGGUUUCCGCCAGCUCCAUCCUCAAACAUGGUGCUGCUGAUCAUACUCAAUGAGCUUUUCAAGUUUACAAGUCAGCCGACGCCUUUCAACGCACCCGAGGUACCGAAAACUUCUCUCUAGGUAGUCUUGCAAGACCCCAACGCAAACAGGCCGAUCUCAGUAAAAAUCCAAGGUGCAUUUCUCUUCGCCGCCAGCCUUUGAGGCGGAAAACGAAUGCAUUCUACUGCACUUAACUUUGUGGUGCAAAGGCGAUCUGACAAAAAAGCAGCUAAAAAUGCAAUAUGUCAUUACUUAAGCUGUCAGUGCCAAAGCGUCACGACUGCGACAGUCCUCGAACCGCACCCCCAACCCUCAUCUCAGUAAUGAUUUCAUGUACUGUUUCUUGAAAUAUGUGAGGCUGGAAAAGAAGCAGAUGACCUCCGUGUUUGUACACAAUCUGUACCCGUUCCCCUCCGUAGCGCUUGACCCCAACUGACAGACCCGAUUCCAGCCACCCUGUCGCCCUUUGGUGUUUGACCCCCUCCCUACGUCCUACUGGCUCCGAGGAGCUGUCCGCUUGUUUCCACAGUAACUGCUGUGUAAAUAGCGACUGGUGUCGAAGCACAGUGAUGAACCGGUGCUGACUGAAAUGAAAGAAUGUCACGGGUUCGAUGCAAUGACUGAGAGGUUUGUUUUAAAAAAUGUGAAUACCUUGCUUGUACGAAUGUCAAUGGCUACAAAAUGGUGUAUAUUCUAUUUAAUAAUGUUUCAUCCCUCCUUUGUCCCGGACCGCCAUUUUGUUCCAAUAAUAGGCGCAUUUGCAUCACUUAUAUGGGCACUUAAUUGCACUCUGUUUACCGUGAUGGGCUCAAACAAUCGCCUGAUCUUUGAAGAUGGGUCGGAAUCAUUAGAUCCGCAACGUUAUCAAUAGCUCCGAUUGAUUUCUCAUUCCUCCUGAUCACCCUCAAUGUGUUUGAUUGAUUCUGCCUUACCAAUCGAUUCCAGCUUAAUUCUGGGGCUGGCGACGCACUAAUCUUCCAUAAGGAUUCAUCAGAAGAGGCUACAACGUUAGCUGAGCGGCAUCUUGGGCUGACUGGAGGAGUGUUUAUUCCCGGAACCUUGCCGUUCCUUGUAUGCAAGUUUAAUCUUGAGGAUGCGCUCCCCCGAUGAGGUAGUGACUGGUGGUAAAAUACGGAGCGAUGCCAAAUACUGUAUGUACAUCCCAUGGUGUUUUGAGUUGAGUAAUUUAACCCCUUUGAGAUCCAUUUUUGGAGUCCAAGUCCUGUGCCGUGUUUAACCACUUUUACAAGCUGGGAUUUAUCCGCCUGUUUUCUGGGCUCCUAUAUGGGUCGGGUGUCAAAACCACACGUGUGUAGAUGGUGAGUGCCAGACUUUCUGCAUAGGCAACGGCAGCUUAAUGCCAGGUUCACUGUAACUGCUCUGAUGCAAGAUCUCUGGAAAAAGAAAGCCACUUUUUGCACAGAUAUGAUGGCAGCUGUUUUGAGUGUGAAAUCGAAGCCCGGAUGCAUUUGAAGGCCAAUGACGUCAUAACACUCCCUAAUUCAAAUCCAACCCACAAACUUCUUUUUGUUCUUUUUGCGGUAUAAAUCACUCCCAAUUCGUCACAGCUUUCUACAAAUUUGGUGAUUUUAUUUGUUUGAACAUGUAAUGUCAAAUACGCUGGGCCGUUCAAGAUUCUGUUCAAAUAUUGUUAUGCUAAAAUAUAGCCAACCCGCAUCGUAACAUAAAAGUAAGGGUGAGAAGGUGACGCUACACGGAUGUUGCCGCCAUUCCUUUCUUGUCGUCGCAGCAAACGGGACAAUUCUCUGUCGACAGCAGCGUGUCUCAAUCCGAAUACCGCUGCAGUUUGUGCAUCAAUUGAAGGGUUCCAAAAAAAAAAAUGGCAAUUUUGAAGGAAGAGUCGUUUUGAGAAAUAAUCACACACAAACACAGAAAAAACAAUUACCAAACUGGAGUUAUAGGUAGUGUAUUUUCUACUCCUUAUGUUGUUCAGGGAAAGAAAUUAGAGACAAAAUGUGGACAAUUCCCCGGAUUGGUUGCCAGUCGAUCGCAGGGCAAGUGGAGAAAGACAUUUACACACUCAGCUGCGUGCACCACUACAUCAUUCCACAACAAUAACCCAUCUAUCCAUUUUUUUUUUUGUACCUGCUUAUCCUGUCCCGAGGAAGCUGGACGCAAAAGGUUGACAAUUCACAGCCAAUCGGAGGGCAAGCGCAAACAGACAACUAUACGCACUUCGCCGUGUGUAGCGCUACAUUAACUGGUGCCUCCACAAACCGUACGCACUCCUCAGUGGAAGGAAAAGCGGCGCCUAGCGUCACCACGAGCAACAAUUGGGUCAGUUAUGGGUGUUACUAUGGUUACACAGGCAUCAUUAUCAUUAUGUUUCUGAUUAAUACAGUAUUUGUAUGACCACACGUCAAGCAGAUAAAGUCCCAGCUGUUAAAACAUGCUAAAAAGAUUAGACAUACAUGACCGACCGCUUCCCAUCGCACUGUGAAUCACCUCGCCAUCUCAUGCUUCGUCAUUCAUUUGGCCGCCCACACACACGCCCCACACACCAUCCUUUUGUUGCCAGUUUAAUUUGUUUUUGCGCAUCAGGUUGUUGUUGUUGUUUUUUUUUUACCCCCAAUUGUUUCAGCACAUAAACAGGGAUGUCUCACUCUGUGUCACUGUUUUGAUUUUUUUUUUUUUACCGUAAUUUUUAUUUGUACAUAAUUUACAGCACAUCUUAAGACACAUUCACGUGUUUGUGGAAAGAAAAAAGAUUGUAUGUGGUAUCUCAUGUUUAUUAUGUUUUAUAAGUACUGUACUUUACCUGUACAGCAAUAAAGCACAACUGUGUC